AUGAUUUCUGAAUGGGUUCGAUCUGGUGUGGGAAAAUCUCAAGCUCUACUAGUGAAGCUGUUAUUGCUCGCUCCCAAUUUCUCCUCUCGCCUCCAGCCGAGGACGACAUCUCAAGAAGAAGAAGAAGAAGAAUGGCGAUGUUUCAAUGGUAGUAAUAAUAAUAACUCGAUGCAUAUUGCAGAGAAUAAACAUUCUAGUUGGUCCGACCUUCCGCUCGAUAUCUUAUGUGAAGUGGCCAAUCGUCUCCUAUACUGGGAUCUUGUUCGUUCUGCUGCCGUAUGCAAGACCUGGUGGCGUGUCAUAUAUGGGGCUCAUCUUCCACAACGCUCCACAUUGCUUGUGCCCUACCUGAUGAGCUAUACCUGUAAUCGUGAUGGUAAACACAUAGAGUUUUUGGACAUGCAGGGAGAAACUUACAAAUAUACAGUCAAGCACGAACUCUUGGUCGACGGAACCAAUCCAGGACCCUAUGCGUCAAAGUAUGGUUGGUUGCUUCUGAAUAGAUAUGGGUUGAACAAAGAACAGUUCUAUCUAUACAAUCCCUUCUGCAAUGAGGUUAUACAACUACCCGAGUUGGAUUUGGAGCCGGGAUUUUAUGUAGAGAUUGCAACAUUCACAGCCCCUUCGACUUCUCCCAACUGUGUUAUCUUUGUCCUCUGCAGAAAGUAUCAGAGUAGAAGUCAAAACUGCAUCAUAAGCACUUAUAAGCUCGGAAAUAGAAGAUGGAGUAAUUAUAAAACUACAUGUCAGGGUUCUGUCGAGGGAGUUACUUACGUAGAUGGAAUUUUCUAUUGUAUUUUUCCAGAGAAAAAUCACUUAGAUGGUUCGUCGUCGGUGUUUAUCAGUACCUUCGAUAUAGCAGUUCAAAAAUGGGUCAUGGACUAUACAUCCAUAAAAAUAGAAGACCAUAAUGAAAGCAGAACCUUUUACUUGGUUGAGUCGAUAAAUGGGAAGCUAUUACUGGCAGUGUCUGACCUAGCUCAUGAUGUUAGAAGCCACUGCUGGUUUCUAUACCAAUUUGAUUGGUUACGAAAAGAUUGGACUAUGGUUCGAAGUUUGGGGCACCAAGUAUUGCUUCUAAGUAGCUCAUCGUCUAUUUCUAGUCCCACAUUGGGGAAGGAUAAUAAAUUAUCAGACAUGAUAUUUCAUCUUAACUGGGGAAAUGAGCCUUUUACUUGGAGCAGCGACGGCGUUUGGAGAAAAGCUCUACUUUAA